AGGAACAGUAUAAAAGUUGGAAGGUGUAGCCAGAAAAAACAAACAAAGGAAGGAAGGAGAGAAUAUGUUCAGCUCAAUGUACAGUCACAUAUCUGUGAUAACGCCUCUGGUAUUUUUCGCCAUCAACAAAGGCGAAUCGACUAAAUUAGAAGACAUUGAAAAGCUGCUCGCAAAGUCUGAAGGUGAAUUACCCGGAUUAGCCCAGUCGAUUAUUGAUAGUGAAGCAGAGAUUAAAAAACUUCAAGAUAAGAUUAUUAAUGAGGCUGUAGAAACUGGCAACAACACCGUUGAGAACUAUGUCAACUGUUGGAAAGAGAUUUAUGAAAUCUUCUAUGGAAUACAUUUAUUCGACGAUGCCGUAAAUCGACUUCAACGACAAUCUGAAGAAUAUGAUCUCUACUCAGAGGAGCAUUCUCUUCAACAAUGUCUCCAGGAAGAGGCUGAUGCAUACUCAGCUAAGUUGCAAUCAAUAGAAGGAAUUAACUGUGACGAUUAUAGACCGUCAGGAAAAGAACAAGGCAUCAUCCUACAAAUUUUAGAUCUUCAGGAAUUGAAGAAGAACAUAGGAGAUUCAUAUCAACACAGAAUGCGGUAUGGUAAAACCAUUUUGUUCAUGGAGAUUCAUGAAACCGCCAUCGAGAACCUGAAAGAAGCGGAAGGAAGAAACUAGAGAAGAAUAUGAAUCUAUUACUCCUGAUGCCAUGGGAAACGUUUAUUCUGCACAUUAUUGAAAUGUAUUGGUGUGCAGUGGAUUUCAUGAACACUUUUAACUAAAUAACUCAUUUUCAUAAUAACGCUAACUGUGCGUCUUCUAAAUACAAUUUUAUCAUUUAAA